AUGGCUAGGGAUAAACAUUCAACAAACUUCUUUACCGGCAGAUUCAUCUCAGAUGCUGGUAUUGAAUAGUUAGAUAAGUAUUAGUAUGUAGGAGGAGCCUACUCUUGGUUAGAUAACAAGAUGAAUGGGUACUGGUUAUGGUGUGCAGAAUAGCUUCCAAUGUGGCUUGCUCCUAACUUAGUAACUUUCAUAGGAUUUUUGUUCGUGGUUUCUUAAUACUCGAUCAUGAUUUAUUACGAUUAUACAAUGACCUAAGAUUUACCUAGAUGGAUAUUUUUGUAUUCUGCUAUUUCAAUUUUCAUUUACUAAACUCUUGAUGCAGUUGAUGGAAAAUAGGCAAGAAGAACUAAAUCCUCUUCUCCUCUCGGAUAGCUCUUUGAUCAUGGAUGUGAUUCAUUUUCACUUACCUUUUUCUUCCUCUCUUGUGCUCACGCUGUUAAGUUAGACCCCUACUACGUUUUCUUCAUUUUGGUUUGUUUGUAAUUCACUUUGUUCACAGCAAACUGGACCGAGUAUCAUACUCAUGUUUUGAACACAUAAGUUGGAAACUUUGGAGUUACUGAAUCUUAACUAAUUGUUGUUUCAAUUCACUUAAUUACCUUCUUCUUUGGAUAAGAUUCUUGGAACUUUAAGCUUGCAGAAGUUUUACCUUCUUAAGUAGCUGAGUAAUUAGUUUAAUAUGGCUUGACUUAUGUUCUUUAAAAACCCAUUUAUGUCUUUGUAGUGUAUUUUGUUAUUUUCUGUACUGUUGCUGCAACAAUUACUUGUGUCAUUAGUGUCUUAUUUGGAACUCAUAAAGACAAAAACGGAAAAGUGAUUGAAAAGCAAAAGGGUAAAGCUCUCCUCUAAUGGAUUCCUAUUUUAAUGAUAGUGAUAGUUGAAUUAGGUUUCUUUGAAUAGAAGGAGUUAUACAAAAACUACUCUGCUAUCAUAUUAUUAUCAUUUGGAUUACUUGUUUCUUUGCUCACCUGCAAGUUAAUCAUUUGCUCUUUAACUAAGAUGGAUUUCCCUACUUUCCAUGUUGAAAUUCUCCCAUAUUACAUAUUAUUAUUAAUCUUUAACAAUUAUCCUGAAGUCAUGGAUUUGAAAAAUAAGAUCUUCGGAACAACUGUUGUCACUGUUCUUACAAUCCUUUUUUCUUUCCACUAUACUAGUUCAGUUAUUUCCCAAAUCACUCACCAUUUAGGAAUAUUCUGUUUCUCUUUAAGAAAGAGAGAAAAGUAAAUCAAAAAAGAUUGA